AUUAUGCAAGUGCGACCGCUUUGCAGGAUUCGUGCCUGGAGAGGGGGGGUAGGCUCCAGCAAGUCAGAGUGCAGAGCACACGGUCAGCGCCAAUCUCGCGCGGCAUUACCGAAUCUCACCAGCCGCUAUAUACCCUUUGUGCGCCAUAUCCGUGCCUUUCCAUGUAGUUUCUCCAUCAUAAUGUGUUUCGGACCCUCCUCCAGGAGGUAAGAUCAUCAAAGCUGGGUUUGACUUUUAAAAAGAGUUGCUGUGUCCAUGCCAGCUAACCAUGAAACCCUCCCAAGCCUUUAUCAACCUUCGUCCUCAACUUCGACUUCGCUUCUUGUCCAUCACUUUCUUCUUUGCCUUGUUCGUCUGCAGCUGCCCUACUACCGCGCGUGCAGCACCCUCUGUCCACGAGACUCGCAACAACAGUCCUCUAAACAUCAAUAGGGAUCUCGCACCAUCACUCGAAGACGGACCCCCAGCAGCAUCUGCUGGUGCUCCCAAAGACCCCUCCUACCUUCCUUACCAGAUCGGCGCCAUCGUCGGCUCGUACGGAGUUUCCUUGGUGCUGGUUGCCGCUUUGUUACUCAUACUGUCCAAGAGACGCCGGGAAGCCCUAGCCGCCGGCAACGAAGAGGUCGACUUCGAAGACCCAAAGCCCCAUCCCCCAAAGCUCACGCUAGAGGUGCCAAAUUCCCCCCGUAGCAUCCCGCGGAGUCCCGUUCGCAACAUUUCGUAUCCCGCCGCGGACGAAUACCAGACGCCGGAGUACCCGAUACCCCAGACACCUUACAUCACCCCAACACCCACCUCGACGCUUCACGCCCCAGGAGUAGACUUUGCCGUGGACCAGACUGUGGUCGCAAAAGACAGGAAGAUGGCGCAGACGCAACUCGAGGAGAUGUACAAGUACGUGAUGGAGCAGGAGGAGGCCAAGGCGGCGGGCAUCAAGCUGGAAGGCUCGCCGGUGCUCCCCAACAGUCAGCCACAGCUGCCCACGCCGACAAACGCCGGCUUCAGCAAGUCGACGCUCAGGAAGGAGAAGCACAAGCCGGGGAACCUGACCCUCGGAGAGGAAAAGGGCGAGAAGAAGCAGUCUAGGGCGUCGUCCAUCUUCGCUGCGCUGCGCUCGCCCAAGAAGCACAAGGAAGUGCGGGGCAUCAGCAUCUCAUCACCCAUCAUGACGCCCAUGACGGGCACGUUCCCGCGCCAGGAGUCUCAGGAGCUGAGCGCCAUCCCGCCGCGGCAGUACGCGCCGCCGCCGCCGCCGCCGGCAGUGCCGGGCAGCUCGUCGACGUACGGGGGCGCGCAGCAGCACAACGGCCAGAUAUCCCCCGUUAGCCCGGAGCACUCGCCCGAGAGCACGCAGAGCAUCGACGAGAGAAUCGGCGGGCAGAUACCUUUCGGUCACGCCCGGAACCCCUCGGCGGCCUUGUCCGAGAUGGAGCACAACUCGGCCGUAUCGGAGAGGUCCACUGCCCCGCUCAUCGGGCUGCCGCAGUCCCCGAAGCCGGGCGCACGGUUCUCCAGCACUCUCCCCGCGUCCCCGAAGCCCGGGUCGUCGUUCCAGAUCCCCCCGGCUCCGAGUGCCGCCGGUGGGUUCCGAUCCAAGGCCCCCUCGGCCGUCCGCACCGGAGGCAACCUGCCUCUGCGCGCGUACGAGCCCGCGAUGAGCUCGCCCUCGCUAGUGUCGCAGACCACCAAGCAGACCGUCUUCACUCGCGCGGGCCCGCUGUCGCCGUCGGGGGCGCGGACACCGGCGACUGGGAUGGCAGUGCCGUACUCGCCCUACCAGCCCUUUACACCUUGCGUGCCCAUGACGCCGACACUGGUCACCAAGGCCGACCGCAAGAGGAUGAAGAAGCUGGAGCCCAAAACGCCGACGUUGGAGAUGGUCCGGAGUGAAAACGAUAUCUGGUAAAAGCAAAACAAAAAGAAGAAGAAAGCACAAAAAAACAGCAUGACCCAAGGCUGGCAAGGAAGGGGCCUAGAGAAAGGGAAAUACCAUAUAGACCGUAUGGAGGGGGGAUCAAGAGCAAAGCCCGCCUGGCGGGCGACCGUGAGUGUAAUGUCGUGAUGAAAUUUUCUGUUUUCUUUUUUAUUCCCUUUUUUUGGUCUGUUUUCCUCGAAGAUGUUUUUUCUUCUUCUUUUUCUUUCCCUCUUUCGCCACCCCUUUUUUGUUUCGAAGCUUUCAAAAACGAGAGUGCGCGGGUCAGCGGGCGCGGCUCCUUGGCAAUGUCUCUGUUGACGUUUUGUUCCCUGCUUCAAGCGGAUUUACGUCGAUCGCGUUGCAGCAGA